CUACAGGUGUCCGAUUAACAUCAGCAGCCAUGGGUAUCGACUUGGAUCGCCACCAUGUGCGCAGCACCCACCGCAAGGCGCCAAAGAGCGAGAAUGUUUACUUGCAGGUUUUGGUGAAGCUCUAUCGGUUCCUCGCCCGUCGCACGGAAUCGAACUUCAACAAGGUCGUGCUCCGACGCCUCUUCAUGUCUCGGAUCAACCGCCCCCCUGUUUCGAUCUCGCGCAUUGUCUCCAACAUCACCGAGUCCCACAAGGGAAAGACAAUCGUCGUGAUCGGAACUGUCACCGACGACAACCGCGUCCUGACUGUUCCCAAGCUGUCGAUUGCCGCUCUCCGCUUCACCGCAACCGCUCGGGCCAGAAUCGAGAAGGCUGGUGGUGAAACGCUUACUCUCGAUCAGCUCGCUCUGCGUGCCCCUACUGGAGCCAACACUCUGCUCCUUCGCGGACCUAAGAAUGCCAGAGAGGCUGUGAAGCACUUCGGCUUUGGUCCCCAUAGCCACAAGAAACCAUAUGUGCGCAGCAAGGGCCGUAAAUUCGAGCGGGCUCGUGGUCGGAGAAGGUCUCGCGGUUUCAAGGUUUAAGGCAGCGGUCGCACACGUACUUUCUUCGUUCAAUAGAUAAUCCUCUAUUCAGCGGGACCAUCUAGCGCAGCCUUGGCCGCGGUGAUAUUUGAAGUAUGGCUGUCGCUCGAUAUUCACUUCCUGCAGCAGGCAGUCUGCUAUCACGAAUCUUCAGGUAGAGAUGAUUGGUCAAAUGAAAAUAAAAAAGGAUCUAAAUUGUUCAAUUUUUCGGAGUAAUCCCCGGCCUUCUGACCUUGACCCCGGAUCUUAUACUUGUAGAUGGUGAGUCCAUCCAAGCCAACGGGUCCUCGUGAGUGA